CGGCCGCGGCUGACGUCACCGUCCCCGUCCUGCCGGCUGCCCAUUGGUCCAGAUCGGGCCCCAAUCACCCCACUCCUCGGCUGGCCCGGGCACAGCUAAGGCUGACCUGGUGAGCCCGCCCUCCCCGCCGUGGAUUGGCCCGCGGCGGGACCCGUCUGUCGCGGUUGUGUCUGGGAAGGAGAGAAAAUGGCGGCGGAGCCGAACAAGACCGAAAUCCAGACUCUUUUUAAGAGGCUUCGCGCAGUUCCAACCAACAAGGCCUGUUUCGACUGCGGCGCCAAGAAUCCGAGUUGGGCCAGCAUCACGUAUGGUGUUUUCUUGUGCAUUGACUGUUCCGGGGUGCACCGCUCCCUGGGCGUCCAUCUGAGCUUCAUCAGGUCCACAGAGUUGGAUUCCAACUGGAACUGGUUCCAGCUGAGGUGUAUGCAGGUCGGCGGGAAUGCCAAUGCGACGGCUUUUUUCCGCCAACAUGGAUGCACAGCCAAUGAUGCCAACACCAAAUACAAUAGCCGAGCUGCCCAGAUGUACCGGGAGAAGAUCCGGCAGCUGGGGAGUGCGGCCCUGGCUAGGCACGGCACUGAUCUUUGGAUAGACAACAUAAGUAGUGCCGUUCCUAAUCACUCCCCGGAGAAGAAGGACUCUGAUUUCUUCACAGAACACACUCAACCUCCUGCCUGGGAUGCGCCAGCCACUGAGCCUUCAGGGACUCAACAGCCAGCCCCGUCUGCAGAGAGCAGUGGCCUGGCACAGCCGGAGCAUGGUCCCAACACAGACCUGCUUGGCACCUCACCCAAAGCCUCACUGGAGUCCAUGUAUCUGUCAGCUAAAGGGGCCCUUCCUGCCAGAGAACUGAAAAGCUCCAUCAUUGGCAAGAAGAAGCCAGCAGCAGCUAAGAAAGGGCUGGGUGCCAAGAAAGGCCUCGGGGCCCAGAAGGUGAGCAGCCAGAGCUUCAGUGAGAUUGAGCGGCAGGCCCAGGUAGCAGAGAAGCUCCGUGAGCAGCAGGCAGCCGAUGCCAAGAAGCAGGCGGAGGAGUCCAUGGUCGCCUCCAUGCGUCUGGCCUACCAGGAGCUCCAGAUUGAUCGUAAGAAAGAGGAGAAGAAGCUACAGAAUCUGGAAGGGAAGAAGCGAGAGCAGGCAGAGAGGUUGGGCAUGGGCUUGGUAUCCCGAAGCUCUGUCUCCCACUCCGUGCUGUCUGAGAUGCAGGUGAUCGAGCAGGAAACCCCAGUGAGUGCAAAAUCUUCUCGCUCUCAGCUGGACUUGUUUGACGAUGUUGGUACUUUCGCCUCUGGACCCCCAAAGUACAAGGACAACCCCUUUUCCUUAGGGGAAAGCUUUGGUUCCCGCUGGGAUACAGAUGCUGCCUGGGGUAUGGACAGGGUAGAGGAGAGGGAGCCAGAAGUGGCCAUCUCAAGCAUCCGGCCUGUUUCAGAAAGGGCCACAAACCGGAGGGAAGUGGAGAGCCGGAGCUCAGGCCUCGAGUCUAGUGAGGCACGUCAGAAAUUCGCAGGAGCCAAAGCCAUCUCAUCUGACAUGUUCUUUGGGCGGGAGAUGGAUGCGGAGUAUGAGGCCAGGUCUCGGCUGCAGCAGCUCUCAGGCAGCAAUGCCAUCAGCUCUUCAGACCUCUUUGGGGACAUGGAUGGAGCUCACGGAGCAGGAAGUGUAUCUCUGGGGAACGUGCUGCCUACAGCGGACAUUGCCCAGUUUAAGCAGGGUGUCAAGUCUGUGGCCGGGAAAAUGGCUGUGCUGGCCAAUGGUGUGAUGAAUUCCUUGCAGGAUCGCUACGGUUCCUACUGAUCCAAGCUCUGUGACUCAGGCUUACGGUGGUGACUGCAACAAGAACUCCACAGUUCCCAGGCUGGGGAUGCUUUGCCUUGUGGAAGCUGGGGAGGAUUUGUUACUUUGUAUGUGUGGUGUGUGUGUGGAGUGGUCUUCGAGGCGCUCACUCAUGUGAGGGGAAUGGUCAGUACCAGCCUUUGUCCUCUGCCUGUGGACUGAGCCCUUUAUUCCCUCUCACACCACCCUCCGUGUGUUAGACUCUUGUCCUUCUGUCCUGCCCCCACAGCUGCUGCUCACUUGUCCUGCCACACUGGGAGAGGGGGUUCCCCCAGGAUGGCUUAUUCUGGGUCCAGCCUUUCCUCAAGUAGGGAAAGUGGAAGGUAGAAGGCUUUUUUUUGCUGGCUCUAGGGUUCUUCUAGUUCGAGGGCUUGGGUCUCCAUCCUCUGGAACCAUGGGGAGGCCUGGAAGGAGUUCACUGUAGACCCGUGCCCUGGGGAAAGAGGCUGCGGACUUGCUGCUGCUGCUGCCAGUGGCCUCUUCUGGGUGCCAGGAGAGGGCGAAGGAGGGAAAGGCCCUUUUGGGCAUUACCAAGGACAGGAAACUACCUGGUACCUAAAGGUUUCAUUCAGGAUCAGACGGGAGACCCACGGGUUCUCCGUCUCGCCACCCUUUGUACAGUAAGCACGUGGAAGAUUGUCUCAGGCCUCUGUGCCGUCUCUGUGGACCGCAGGACCUUCUGCCACAUUCUCUGUCCCUUCAUCCCCUGGUUGGUGGCCAUGGAGGGUCUUGUCUGCUGUGGUUUGACUCUGGAGGCUGUGAGCUUGAUGCUGGCCAGGGAAGCAGAGGAUGUGAGGGGCAGAGGCAGGCUCUUGGGGCUGAGCUCCUUCCUCUGCAUCAUUCUGGGCUUGGGGGCCUGGACAGCACCCGCCAGUGAGAGCUGCGGGCCUCACCCUCUGGCAUCUGAGCCAAGCACUGUGUCAUUCUUGGUGCCAUCUUCCCCGCCGCACCGGCAGUCUCAGCCCAGCCCCUACCUUUGGGUUGUAGGUUGGGCUCCCAAGCAACACAGACCACUCUUCCCCUUGCCCCUCCCCCAGAGGGACAUGACUUUCUUUCUGGACUGUUUGUAUUGAAACAAAGUGGUGUCAAAAUAAAGCCCCCGCAGGGCCUUGCUCCCUGUUGGUCUGAGUGAA